GAUGAACACACAUCCGGGAAACUUCCAGCCUCUCCAAGAAGGAAAUCACAAUACUGUGAAGAAAAAUCCCGGAUCUGAGUAUAGUGAUUGUUCCAAAGGCAAGUACUAGAAUAUUAUAAGAAGUCCUUGUCAACGAGGCAGGCGAUUUCAUGCGCUACGGUGCAGUGAUAAGUUAUGGGUGACCGCUGGCUUCUCGAAUCAAUGGGCGACCGGGAGCAGCAGCAGCAGCAGCACGACAAUGAUCAUCUGCAGCAGCGAGUGAUCCUGGAAUGGCUGGUUUCGUCUCCAAAAUGGAGGGCGCUCGCAGCCCUGGGCCUGGGACAGGUCCUGUCGCUGCUCCUCACUGCCACGGGAUUCACAUCCUCGUUCCUGGCUCGCGAAGGGGUAAAUGCGCCCACUGCCCAGGCAUUUUUCAAUUACGCGCUGCUGGCCAUCGUUUGCGGAUCGAUUGUUCUUAUCAAGAGGCCAAAGAUCAAGGUACCUUGGUAUGGUUUCCUGCUACUCGCCAUUGUGGAUGUGGAAGGAAAUUAUCUCCUUGUCAAGGCCAACCAAUACACUUCGAUCACAAGCGUGAUGCUGCUUGACUGCUGGAGCACUCCCUGCGUCCUCCUUUUGACGUGGUUGUUUCUCAAGACACGGUACCGCCUCGGGCAUUUUUUUGGAGUCGGGAUCUGCGUGACGGGGCUCGUGCUGGUGGUUCUCUCCGAUGUUCAUGCCAAAGAUCGAUCCGGUGGUAGUAAUGUCGUCCUUGGAGACAUUAUCGUCAUCGGAGCAUCGAUGCUGUACGCAAUUGGCAAUGUCACCCAGGAAUUUAUAGUGAAGAAAACAAGUCCGGUUGAGCUGCUUGCCUUCCUCGGCUUGUUUGGAUCGCUUAUAAACGGCAUUCAAGUACUUGCUCUUGAACUGCAUGAACUUCGUCACAUUCAAUGGACUGCAAAUGCCAUUGGACCCUUUGUGGGAUUUGCACUGGCACAGUUUUCUUUCUACAUUCUCGCUCCAAUUCUACUUCAGGGCAGUGGCUCGGCAAUGUUUACCUUGUCUCUUCUCACGUCCGAUAUGUGGGCCGUCGCGAUACGUGCAUUGGCGUACCAUGAAGACGUGGAUUGGCUCUACUUUGUGGCGUUUGGAACAGUGGCCAUAGGACUGUCUUUGUAUUCAUGCUUUGGCGAGCCUAGACCAGAGAAAGAAGCAGAAGAUACAGGACUGGACGAGCCAAUGCUCGAAGAAAUCCUCGCGGAAGAUCCCGUGACAGAAGAUUGCGAAACGAAUUCCGGAUCCAAAAACACUAACAAGGAGGAAAAGCAGCAGUUUUUUCCCGACAAACGGGGACGACGAUGACGAAAGAGAUCGAUCGAAAAACCAAUCCAGCCUACAUAUUCUAUAUAUCACUAAUUUUGUUUGCUUUCUUUGUGAAGCAAAGCUCGCUGUAAAUUCUCGGACUCGCCGUCCUCCACAAGAAUUGUGAGUCGGGAACGGUAACUCCAACUAAGACAGGGGGUUUUUAAGCGAGGGAUUU